ACAGAAGUCGGUAUAUAAAAGGCAGUAAGUCACUGAGCACAAUGGAUAAUCACCAAAAGAGGAAUCUAACUUUUCUCACCAUUGGACUGAUUUUUAUGCUGAGCGGCAUUGAGUACGCCGUCAUUCUGCCUACAAUAUGGAGGUAUCUCCAGAUUUUGGAGGCCCCGCCGUACUUCCUGGGCCUGGGUCUGUCUGCCUUCAGUCUGAGCGGGCUGCUCACAGGCCCGAUUUUUGGGUUCUGGUCAGACCGGAGCAAAACUACAAAGUCCAUCAUCCUUUUCUCCAAUCUUUUCGAGAUUGCCGGUAACAUCAUGUAUUUUAUUGGAUAUUCAAAGUGGCUGUUGUUAUGCAGUCGUCUUGUAGCAGGUAUCGGUGCAGGAGCGGGCUCCUCCAUCUUUGGUUUCCUGACUCGGAGCACCCGGCCAGAGGAGCGUGCCGGUAUCUUUGCAGCCAUCAUGGCCUGCCGACAAGCUGGCCUCCUUGUCGGGCCGGCGUUCAACCUGUUCCUGCGGCUGUGUGAUUUCAAACUGGGGCCCUUUGUUGUGAACAAAUACACAUCUCCUGGGAUCUUCAUGUGCCUGUUGUGGGUGCUUGUCCAGUUUGUCGUCCUGGCUAUGUACUGGGAUGUACCACCCAUAUGCUCAGAGGGGGGAGCAGUGAUGGUGGAGAUGAAACAAGAGGAGGGCGACGAGGAGGAAGUGCCUUUGAUGGGGUCCGACGAGGAGCCGGUGAACACCUACAGAGCUGUCAACUCUGACCAAUCGGAGACCUCCACCUCGUCUGAGACGCAGCUCGACGAUGGUGCAGAGGUGGUCUCGAACCCCUUCAAAAACUUCAGCGCCAGCAGAGAGUUUCUGCGAGAGGAGGUGGUUGUUCUCCUCACGGCUCAGUUCAUCACUCUCUUCAAUCAGACAGCGCUGGAGACCAUGGUGACUCCUCUGACGCAGCGCCUCUUUAGCUUUGGCGAGCUGGGCAACAGUCUGAUGUACAGCCUGUGCGGGGUGGAGGUCAUCCUGGGCUUCUUCUUUGUUCGCUGGCUGAGCAGGAAGGUGGCGGACCGCGCUGUGCUGGCCGUGGGCCUGGUCAUCUGCUGCGCUGCCUGUAUCUGGUGCCUCAUCUUCCUCUGCAACCCCCGAGGUGGUUAUGGAUGGGAGCUGACGGCCUUCAUCAUCGGAGUGUUUCUGCAGCUGCUGGGGCUUCCCUUUGUGGCCGUGUCUCAGGUGUCUCUCUUCUCCAAAGUCACUGCAGAGAAAACACAAGGAUUCAGCCAAGGUGUCAGACGUUCAGUUGGAGGCCUGGCCACCAUCCUGGGUCCUUUGUGGGCUGGAGGAUUGACUAAUAAUUUGUACAUAAUGCUGGGCAUGAUGCUAGCUCUCCUCAUAAUGAUCGCAGUUAUGACAGUGCUGUCCUACGACCGCCUGACUGAGCCCAGGGCAGUGCAGUGCGCUCAGAGCUCUGACAGUGGAGGAUAGAGCUGCAGUCUGUCUGAAGAGCAGGCUAAAGACGGACAGAAGGAGUGCCCUGCACUUCUGAAAGAAUCAAUACAAGUUUGCUGCAGAGGAUACAGUGUGAGUGCGGGAUGAAAAUGUUCAAACACAUAGUGUAACUCUGCCAUAGAGAUGAUCACACUUCACAGCUACUGUAUGUUUUUGAGCUUUGCACGAUCUCUCUGUCAUCAAAUUAUAUUAGGAUCUACCUUACAUGCAUAUCUCUAUCAGACUAUUAAUUAUACUUUACACAAGGGGGCACUAUUGCUCUCAUAUUGAAUAUUCAGAGGCGUCAUUGAAGAUGAAAGCCAUUAUUUUUAAACUGAACUAUUUAUAUUCCCAGGUGUUGGUGAAAAAGAUCAGAGAGCAGGUUUUUUUUUUCCCCAUGUGACCCGUGUAUCAAUUUUUUUUUUCUUUCUUGCUUGAGUCUUUCUUCCUCUAAAAAAAAAUGAAACAGCUGACACAAUGGGUGCAGAAGUGGAGUUGCCAACAUCUUAGCAGCUCCAUGUCAGUGCAGCUGAUAGAAGAAAGGGGGUCAAAAUGAGAGAAGCUUGAUGUUUAUUUGAAGUGUUGGAGUAAAACUGUGUUUUUCAAAUGAAAUGUGACCAAACCAGAUGGAUGUUAUCUGAAACGAUUCCUCUAUAUCUUAUGUGCAAAUGAAAAGCUCCUGAAUUAAAACCAAAUUUAAAAAGAAA